CUCUGGUAUGGACAGGUUUACGUCGAUUGGCGCGACGAUAUAAUAGUGACAGUGAAAUUAAUUUGAACGGUGAAUGGUAAAGUGAACGAGAUUUAUUAUGGCUAAACUACUCAAGAUCCUGGUGUUUCUGGUUCAAAUACUUCUUUGCGUAUGCCAGGAGCAAACAAUUCAAGAAAUUUCGGGACAAGAACAGCAAGAUAAUAAUCCAAGCUAUUCAUUUGGUUAUGGGGUAUCGGAUAUACGGACUGGAGAUAUUAAAACUGUUUGGGAAGAAAAAGAAGGUGACACUGUUAAAGGUCACUACAGUGUGAUAGAACCAGAUGGUUCUAUGAGAACUGUAGAAUAUUCGGCUGGACCGAACACCGGAUUUACAGCAGUAGUUAAUAAUGAUGGAAAACAAAAUGAAGCAGCGAUAAAUUCAAAUUUACCAGAAGCGAUGGAAGAUAAGGUCCUUAGGGACUAUGAUAGGUACUACGAUUUUUCAGACGAUGCUGACGUUGAUUCACCGUACAGAAUAAAAGAGAAAAAAAGAAACAAGCACCCAUAUGACUCUUUAUUUAAAGAUUAUUCGUAUUUUAAGCAACCGAAGUAUCCUGCAGACCAACUUAGUGAAUAUUCUCAUAGUAUUUCUAUAAAACAUCCUCUUGAAGAUACAUAUGACGGACCUGCUCACAGUCACACGGGCUACGGAUCAGAUCAAAACUGUCAUAAAAAACAUAAAGUUGAAUAUUUUGGUCAUGUUCCUGACUUGGACUUUAGAAAACAAAAGUAUCCACCAAUUUCUGACUCAUAUAAAUACGAACAUGAUAAAUACAAAAGUGAAGCAUCGACUAUAGACGAAGAAAAAUUUGUCUACCCAUAUAAACAGAAAUUACACAAACCAUUAAAACAUGGUGAAUACGCAGAACCUCCAUUUAAAUAUGGCUUUUCAAAUGGACAGGAAUUUCCUUCAGCUGAAGGUUAUUCGGAUUACUCAGCUCCGCGGCCAAAGAAAAAGUAUAAGCCACAUAAGAAUUUAGAUGACUUUGGUAAUGUCGAUGACUAUGUGCUUGUACCUAAGAGAAAAGUAAAGAAACCACCUAGAAUUAUUGAAUCACCUGAAUAUCAAGAAGAUGAGGAAUUUGACCAAAGAGUUCCUUUUUCAGGAUAUGAAGAAGAUUACGAAGAUAGGUACCUCAAGCCUCCUCGCGCUACUACGGCUAGCCCAAAAGAAGUAGUAAAGAAAGUUGUAAAGAAAAAGCCUGUUAUUAACCUUUUGGAUAUAUUUGAUAUUUAAAUAGAUGGAUACAAAUUAGUAUUAAAAACGUGCUAGUUUAGGAGGACG